AGUGACCCUUUGUUGUCUCUUUUUCACUAUCUUCAAUACACCUCUGUAAUUGCAAACCAUUUUUCCAUCUUUCUUCAACAAUGGCUUCUUCUUCUCCAGAUCCAUUUUUUCUUCUCAUAUUUUUCACUCUUUUCCUCACCAUUUCCACUUCAAACUCACUUUCUUCCUCUUCCCCAUCACCCCUUUCUUCUCCAUCUCCAAAACCAUCUCCUAUUUCAUCUCCACCAACUCAUUCAUCUUCAUCUGCUCUUGACCCAAAACAACUCAAAGCUCUACAAUCACUCAACAUCCCAACAGGCAAAAGCCCAUGUUCCCCAUCUCACAAUACUACCACUAUUUGUGAUUCUUCAACCCCAUUUAGUCACAUUGUGUCAUUAAACUUCAUUAACUGUUCAGAUGAUGUUGCAUUAUCACUUACUGCUUUGAAAUCAUUGUCUACAGUGAAGGAUUUGGGGUUUUACAAUUGCCCAAUUUCACCUAUUAGGUUACCUUCUCAGCUUGCUUUGAAUCUGAAAUCUUUUACUUGUGUUAGUAGUUUGAAGAAAUUAACUGGGGUUUGGCUUAGCAAAUUGGUUAAUGUUACUGAUUUAACUGUUUCUCAUGUUUCCAUUGUUGCUAGUGGUCCAUCUAUAAUCAUGAAUAGUAUAAAGAAUUUGCACAGUGUUACGAUUUCGAAUGCUAAUCUUACGGGCUAUUUGCCUAAACAUUGGCAUUCGAAUCUUAGUUAUGUCGAUUUGUCUGGGAAUAAACUGAAAGGGAGAAUACCCACUUCGUUAACUGAGCUGGAGAAUCUUGUUUACCUCAAUUUGUCUUCGAAUUCACUUAAUGGAACAAUCCCUGCUUCGUUUGGUGAUUUGUCUUCUUUGCAAAAUGUGUCUUUGGCUUCGAAUUCGUUGUCUGGAUCUGUUCCGGAUUCGUUUGCUGCUAUUCCGGGAUUAGUUCAUCUUGAUUUGGGCUCUAAUCAGCUCAAUGGAACUAUCCCUAAGUUCAUUUCUGAUAUGAAAGGAUUGAAGUAUUUGAAUCUUGAAAGGAAUAACUUUCAUGGUGUUUUGCCUUUUAAUGCUUCAUUUAUAAAGAAAUUAGCUGUGUUGAAGGUGGGAGAAAAUUCGAAUCUUUGUUAUAAUCACUCGACAUUGUCUUCUAAAGUUAAGCUUGGGAUUGCUCCUUGUGAUAAACAUGGGUUGCCUAUGUCACCUCCAGCAUCGAAGGAUAUAAAUUCGGACGAUACAGAUGAUUCUGAUGAUUAUGCUGAUGAUGAGAGUCAGCACCAGGAACAUAGCCAUGGACCAAGUAAGGUUGUUCUUGGUAUUUCCAUUGCACUUUCCUCGAUUGUAUUCUUAAUUAUUUUCUUGAUUUUGUUAGCUAAAUGUUGUAAAUGAGUAUAAAAAUGAAAUCUUGGUUCGUUUAGUUUAGGAAAUUUCUUAAUUGGAUUAUGAAAUUCGUUAAGUUAAUUAUACGUUUGUAUCUUAUUAGAAGUAGAAAGGAUGACUACUUUAUUUGGUGUGAUUCUUUUGAACAAGUUAAAUUGCUGGAGGAAGUGUAUGAUGGGAGACAUUGCCUAUAAAUGAAAAUUUUUCUUUUAUGUAUGUAUUUUGGAUUGACGGAUUGAGGUACAUCGUUUUGAUUUCCUGAUAUAUGGUGACAUUUUGUUGUUUGGAUUCAGCAUUUGCUUCAUUCAUUUGUUGAUUGACAAUAUGAAAGAUUCCUUUAUUUUUCAUGUGUUGGUUACGAGUCAUGACGAUGGAUGAGAUAAUCUCUGUCGUGAGGAUCCUUCAUUUGUCUUGAUGUACCCCGUGUCUGAUGGGCAUGUGGUAAGAGUUUAGAGUACUUCGCUUGGAAAAGGUUGACAUACCCAUACCAGGUACUUACAAAGAAACUGUACAGAACACAUACCCGUAAAAGAGUUCAAGCAACAUAAUGACAAUAUGAAGUAUCUACCGAAUUAGCUCAGUAGUCUAUCGUCUCAGGUUUUGCUGCAAAGAUCAUAGUUUUUGUUGUUACUUGCAUGAAUUUCUUUGUGCUCUACCGGACUUUCCAGUAUUCCUCGUAUGCCCUGUGAUGCCAGUGAUUUUAUGAGAUCUAACAUAAUGCUGUGAAAGCAAAUAUUCCAUUGUAGACCAAAAGUUCAUUAUCUGGCAUUUCAUUUCAUUUGACAGAAGAAGCUCAAUUAGUCCCCUCUUUAGCUGUGUUGCUCGAAUUCUUCAUAAAUAUGUUCAGGUAUGUGUUGAUCCUCCAGAGUUUUGCAUUUUCGGAGGAUCUGACACGGGUGGAGCAACACUUUUGGAGGGUCCGAGUAACAAAGCUCCUUAGCCCCCACUAUGGUACCCGAUCACCAGAAAGGAUUACUAAGGGGUGCUUCCUCGAUGGUUUUUCACUUUCAUUUUUAAAUGCUUAUUGUGAUAAUAGAUCGGAGAGUUCACAUAGUCAAUCCUAACUUGCUUGGGACAGAGGCACAAGUUAUUUUUUUUAAUGUCGUUUUAGUUAUAACGUCUAUUGUUUUGGCCGACUGGUGUAUUUAUUCAUUGUUGUGAAUCCUUGAGAUCUUGUUGGAUAUGUGAUUAACAAGCUAUGUAUUAUUUUAUCGUA